UUGAACGCUUAAUAUACUAAAAACGUGUUCCCGGCUCGCGACGCACACAGUGUGUCGGCAGCACGUGCGUAGAAAACACGCGACAAAAAUUAAAAAUGCCCAGUUACGCAUCCAUUGAGCCCAAUGGCUCGAGUGAUAGCUACCUUCUUUUAGAGGACGGUAGUACUUUUUUGGGAAAACAUUUUGGUGCCGAUGUAUCCGUUGAUGGGGAACUUGUCUUCCAGACUGGUAUGGUCGGUUAUUCGGAAUCACUCACGGAUCCUUCUUACCAUGCUCAAAUUCUGGUGCUAACAUAUCCGCUUAUAGGAAAUUACGGUGUUUUUGGUGACGAAAAAGAUGAGAACGGCAUACCAUACUGGUUCGAGUCACACCGUAUUUGGGCCGCUGGGCUAGUAGUCGGAGAAAUUUGUGAACGACCCAGUCAUUGGCGGCAAACCAAGACGCUAUCCGCAUGGAUGAAAGAACAAAAUGUACCUGGAAUAUAUGAGAUCGACACACGAGCAUUGACAAAAGUUAUUCGCGAAAAAGGUACUUUAUUGGGUAGGAUAAUGUUUGGUCAACCACCGUCAACCACUUUGCCGAUAAUACCUCCAAUAGAAGAUCCCAACAAGAGAAAUCUUGUUGCAGAAGUUUCUCUGCCGAUUUCGAACGUAUAUCCAAUAUAUAAUCCGAAUGGAUAUCCUCGUAUAUGCGUGGUUGAUUGUGGAUUAAAAUACAAUCAAUUGAGAUGUCUGUUAAGACGUGGUGCUCGUGUGGACGUUGUACCAUGGAACUAUGAUUUGGAUGCUGCCGAAUACGACGGUCUAUUCCUCAGCAACGGUCCAGGUGAUCCCAGCAUAUGCGAAGUAACUGUCGAAAAUAUCCGAAAGGUUCUCUCGCAAGAAAAGAAAACACCAAUUUUUGGCAUAUGUCUUGGACAUCAAUUAUUAUCCAUAGCUGCUGGUUGUAUCACAUAUAAAAUGAACUAUGGCAACCGAGGUCACAAUCAACCGGCAACGCAUCACAGUACCGGACGUUGUUAUAUGACUUCGCAGAAUCACGGAUUUUGCGUCGAGGCAGCUCAAUUACCAGCCGAUUGGGAGGUGCUCUUUACCAACACUAAUGACAAUACCAAUGAGGGUAUAGUUCAUUCAAAUCUGCCGUAUUUCUCCGUUCAAUUUCAUCCGGAACACACGGCAGGACCUGAGGAUCUCGAAUGUCUCUUCGAUGUGUUCUUGGAGAGCGUGAAGGACGAAAUCGAGGGUCGUCCUAGGAUCUCUAUAAAGGAUAGGCUCACUCAAAAGCUAAUCUACGACAAAUCUUCGACUCUAAUUAUACCCGAACGGCCUAAGAAAAUAUUAAUUUUGGGCUCAGGAGGACUUAGCAUUGGCCAAGCCGGAGAAUUCGAUUAUUCGGGCUCUCAGGCGAUAAAAGCGUUAAAAGAAGAAUCGAUACAGACUCUUUUGAUAAAUCCUAAUAUUGCCACGGUACAAACAUCAAAAGGCAUGGCCGAUAAAGUAUAUUUCUUGCCAAUUACACCAGAAUAUGUCGAGCAGGUAAUACAAUCAGAGAGACCGGAUGGCGUACUAUUAACAUUUGGUGGACAAACUGCUCUUAACUGCGGCGUAGAACUUGAAAGAAAUGGCGUGUUUGCAAAGUACAAUGUUAAAAUCCUAGGGACGCCAAUCGAAUCCAUCAUACAGACUGAAGACAGAAAGAUAUUCGCAGAUCGUGUCAGCGAGAUAAAUGAAAGAGUCGCACCGAGUGCUGCCGUGUAUUCUGUUCAAGAGGCAUUAGAAGCCGCUGAAAAACUGGGUUAUCCUGUAAUGGCGCGCGCUGCAUUCUCGCUCGGUGGUCUCGGAUCAGGUUUUGCCAAUACGAAGGAAGAGCUGAGAAUGCUAGCGCAACAAGCUUUAGCUCAUUCCACUCAAUUAAUAAUUGAUAAAUCAUUGCAAGGCUGGAAGGAGGUAGAGUACGAGGUUGUCCGUGAUGCGUACGACAACUGUAUCACAGUAUGCAAUAUGGAAAAUGUCGAUCCCCUCGGUAUUCACACUGGUGAAUCGAUUGUCGUCGCGCCGAGUCAAACAUUGUCCAAUAAAGAAUAUAAUAUGCUACGAACAACUGCUAUUAAGGUCAUUAAGCAUUUUGGCAUCGUCGGAGAAUGUAAUAUUCAAUAUGCGUUCAAUCCUUCCUCCGAAGAAUAUUACAUUAUCGAGGUGAAUGCUAGAUUGUCUAGAAGCUCGGCUUUAGCCAGUAAAGCCACCGGCUAUCCUUUGGCUUAUGUCGCUGCCAAAUUAGCUCUUGGAAUACGCUUAUCGGAUAUUCGUAAUUCUGUCACUGGUAAAACAACAGCUUGUUUUGAGCCGAGUCUUGAUUACUGUGUAGUUAAAAUACCCAGAUGGGAUCUUAGCAAAUUUCAUCGUGUCAGUACCAAGAUCGGCAGUUCUAUGAAGAGCGUAGGUGAAGUAAUGGCGAUCGGACGUAAAUUCGAGGAAGCUUUUCAGAAGGCAUUGAGAAUGGCUAAUGAAAAUGUGAAUGGCUUCGAUCCUUACGUGGAGGCGAUCAACGAUGAAGAUUUGGAAAAACCGACUGACAAAAGAAUGUUCGUUCUCGCUGCUUCGAUCAAGGCCGGUUACACGAUCGAUCGAUUAUACGAGCUCACCAAAAUAGAUCGCUGGUUUCUAGAAAAAAUGAAGAACAUUAUCGAUUAUUAUAGACUCUUAGAAAACAUCGAUUGUACAAAACUUUCGCACGACUUGCUACUGGGCGCAAAGCAGAACGGCUUCUCGGAUAAACAGAUUGCCGCACUUGUGAAAAGCUCCGAAUUAGCUGUCAGAAGACAAAGACAGAACUAUAAAAUUCAACCAAUGGUCAAGCAAAUUGAUACAGUCGCUGCUGAAUGGCCAGCCACUACAAACUAUCUUUAUUUAACGUACAAUGGCACUACCCACGAUGUGAAAUUUUCUGGCGGAUACACAAUGGUGAUAGGUUCCGGAGUAUACAGAAUCGGCAGCUCAGUAGAAUUUGAUUGGUGUGCCGUGAGUUGCCUACGCGAAUUGCGAAAUCUUGGACGUAAGACAAUAAUGGUCAAUUACAACCCAGAAACAGUCAGUACAGACUAUGACAUGAGCGAUAGAUUGUACUUUGAGGAAAUCUCCUUUGAAGUGGUAAUGGACAUAUAUGAUUAUGAGAGCCCAGAAGGUAUAAUAUUGUCGAUGGGUGGACAGCUACCAAACAAUAUUGCCAUGGAUCUGCACAGACAAGGGGCUCAAAUCCUUGGAACAUCGCCGGAGUCCGUCGAUCGCGCCGAAAACCGUUUUAAAUUUUCUCGUAUGCUCGAUAGCAUCAAGAUAUCGCAACCCAGAUGGAAAGAAUUGACAAAUUUAAAAACUGCUAUUGAAUUUUGCGAGGAAGUUCACUAUCCAUGCCUUGUUCGGCCUUCAUAUGUGUUAAGUGGAGCCGCAAUGAAUGUUGCCUAUUCAAAUAAUGAUCUCGAGUCUUAUUUGAAAAGCGCGAGCGAAGUUAGCAAAGAGCAUCCUGUAGUGAUAUCGGAAUUUAUUCUCGAGGCGAAAGAAAUCGACGUCGAUGCUGUUGCUGAUGAAGGAAAGAUAUAUUGCAUGGCAGUAUCUGAACAUGUUGAAAAUGCCGGUGUUCAUUCAGGAGAUGCUACAUUAGUAACGCCACCACAGGAUAUCAAUGCGCAAACUCUGACGGAGAUAAAACGUAUCUCAAAAGAAGUGGCGAAAUCUCUGGGAAUCACUGGUCCUUUCAACAUGCAACUAAUUGCGAAGGAGAAUAAAUUAAAAGUGAUUGAGUGUAACGUAAGAGUAUCCAGAUCUUUUCCUUUUGUCUCGAAAACCUUAGAUCAUGACUUUGUCGCGACAGCAACUCGUUUAAUCGUCGGCGAAAAAAUUGAGCCUGUGGACGUUUUAGCUGGCUGCGGAAAAGUUGGAGUGAAAGUGCCGCAAUUUUCUUUUUCCCGUCUUGCUGGUGCUGAUGUGAUGCUGGGUGUCGAAAUGGUAUCUACUGGAGAAGUAGCCUGUUUCGAUGAAAAUCGCUACAAAGCUUAUUUAAAAGCCAUGAUAAGCACCGGUUUUCAUAUUCCUCAAAAGGGUAUCUUCCUCUCUAUAGGAGAUUUUGAGCAUAAAGAAGAAUUGUAUGAGUCUAUCAAAAAUUUGGAAAACAUGGGAUACAAAUUAUAUGGCAGCGAGGGCACCGCCGGUUUCUAUAUUAAUAAUGACCGUGGUAGAGUUGAAGUAGAAUUAGUGGAAUGGACGUUUGAAAAUAUCGCCAUGAACGAGGAUUCUAGUCCGAGCGAACAUUUUGCUGACUUGUUGUCAAAAAAGGAAUUUGAUCUUGUGAUUAAUCUGUCAAAAAACGGUGGUGUUUCCGAAUGUACGACACAUGGUUAUCGAACGAGAAGGCUAGCAAUCGAUUAUUCUGUACCUUUAAUUAGGGAUGUUAAAUGUGCGAAGCUUCUGGUCGAGGCAAUGAGAAUGAUUGAUGGAAAAGCACCGCGGAUGAAAACAUACAUCGAUUGUAUAUCAUCACACAGGAUGAUCAGACUACCCGGCCUCAUUGACGUGCAUGUACAUACUGGAGGCAUUACAACGAUCUUUGCAAUGCCCAAUACCAAUCCAGCAGUAGUGGACCAUCAGACUUUUGCCAUUGCCAAAGAACGUGCUGCUGCUGGUUCACAUUGCGAUUAUGCCCUCUUCAUCGGCGCCUCAUCGGACAACUAUAAUAUCAUACCAGAAAUAGCACCGCACGCUGCCGCUCUGAAAAUGUACCUGAACGAAACAUUUACGACACUACGUCUCACGGAUCUUACUGUUUGGAUUAAGCAUUUCGAAAACUGGCCUAAAAAAUAUCCUUUGUGUGUGCAUGCGGAAGGACAAACUUUGGCUGCGGUUCUACUGCUGGCGAAAUUGCAUAAUAGGCCGAUUCAUGUAUGUCACGUGGCACGUAAAGAGGAAAUAGAAAUUAUACGCAAAGUUAAGAAAGAAAUGGGAUUGGCAGUUACGUGCGAGGUAUGCCCGCAUCAUUUAUUCCUUUGCCAAGAUGACUUGGAUCUGAUAGGCAGCAAAAAAGGUCAGGUAAGACCUAUUCUAGGAACAAAAGAGGACCAACAGGCUCUUUGGAAGAAUUUGGAUGUUAUUGAUUGUUUUGCAACCGAUCAUGCUCCACAUACUGUGCAAGAAAAGACUUCCGAGAAACCACCGCCAGGAUUUCCCGGAUUGGAAACAAUGCUACCGUUGUUACUUAAUAGUGUGCAUGAAGAAAGAUUGACUAUGGAGGGACUAAUUGACAGAUUAUAUCGAAACCCCAAAAGAAUCUUUUCUAUUCCUGAUCAGCGUAACACAUAUGUCGAGGUCGAUCUAGAUGACGAAUGGAUCAUUCCGGAAGCAAUGCCAUUUAGCAAAUCAAAAUGGACGCCUUUUGCUGGUAUGAAGGUUCGCGGUUCAGUGCAUAGAGUAGUCUUGAGAGACGAGGUUGCUUACAUCGAUGGAAAAGUUUUGGUAAAUCCUGGAUUCGGGCAAAACAUUAGGGAUAUACAAUACAAGACAAAAGUUCCACCGAUACAUCACAUACCGAUGACAUCCGGUCAAUCUACAGAUGCCAUCUGUAAACCACUAUCGGACGGUCUUUUAUCGCCAAAUCAUGAAAAAUCUAACGUAGAUGCUGAUUGGUAUGAGGAGGAACAAAUUGAGUCACAUACGCAUUUCCCGCAACUGGCAUCGCACAAGUCGAAUGUACAUUUUGCACUAGAUAGUGACACAAGAGAACAUUCUAAGGUGUUACCCUCUCAAAGGACUAGCUCGCCCUUGCCAAUUAGCAAUGUUACCAAAUGCAAAAGCGACAGUAAUUCAAAUCUUUUUACGUCUGCUGACGCAUCUGUUUCAACCAUUCGUGUAAGCAGCAGUCUAAUCGGACAUCAUGUACUUACUGUAGACAUAUUUAACAAAGAUAUAUUAAAAAAUAUAUUUGAACUGGCGGAUACUUUCCAAGGUCGUAUUAAAAGAAAGGAACCGACGGACUUUUUAAAGGGAAAAGUUAUGGCUUCCAUAUUUUACGAAGUCAGCACGAGAACAUCAGGCAGUUUUUCUAUCGCCAUGCAACGUCUUGGUGGUAGCGUGACACACAUGGAUAGUUCCACAUCAUCGGUAAAAAAAGAAGAAACCUUAGAAGAUUCUAUAAAAGUCAUGGCAGGAAUGGCGGAUGUGGUUGUACUCAGACAUUCGGAGCCGGGUGCGGUAGCUAGAGCAGCGCCGUAUUGUAAAAAACCAUUGUUAAACGCCGGUGAUGGAAUUGGCGAACAUCCAACACAAGCGUUGCUCGAUAUUUAUACAAUUAGAGACGUAUUAGGAACCGUAAAUAACCUUAUAAUUACGAUGGUAGGAGAUUUGAAACACGGCAGGACUGUCCAUUCCCUUGCAAGGUUGCUGACUCUGUAUAAGGUGAAGGAGUUUCGCUUUGUGAGUCCACCUGGCCUAGGCAUGCCAGAUCAUAUUAUUAAUUACGUGAAAAAACGAAUUCCCCACAAAAUUUUUUCAACCUUAGAGGAUGCUCUGCCCGAUACCGAUGUUCUUUACAUGACACGAAUACAACGCGAGCGUUUUGCCACACAAGAGGAAUAUGAUCAGAUGUGCGGACACUUUAUUGUUACCCCGAAAUCGAUGUCUUGCGCAAAGGAUAAAAUGAUGGUAAUGCACCCUCUGCCACGUGUCUUUGAGAUAAGUACAGAAUUCGAUUCAGAUCCACGGGCUUAUUAUUUCCGACAAGCUGAAAAUGGAGUCUACGUGCGCAUGGCAUUGUUAGCCAUGGUGGUUGGAAAAAACUAACUGUCUGUCUUCUGUGGAUUAAAAAACAUAUUAAAGAAGAUUCACCUAAAGAAGAUUUAAAUUCAACAAUUUUAAUUAGACUGUGGUGCGCACGUAAAAGCCAAGAGCUAAAUUCCGAUAUUCCACCAUCGCGACAAGUGAUUUAGCGAUAAGAUUUAUAAAGAAGUUCACUAAAAUCGCGUAGCGACAAUUCUAACAACAUAUUAUGUUAAUUAUAAAUUGUAAUUUUAUAUAAAUUUUCUUUGUAAAACGACAAACUUCUUAAAAUAAUUUCUGUUUCUCAUUUUUUAUUAAAUAACAUAUUAAUACAUAAAUAAUAUUAAA